ACUCUGUGCGUGAGCGGCUGUUAGUGAAUAUACAGGGAUUGUUAGCGAGACCCAGCCAGGCAUCUGUAUUAUAUCGGACUCAUUUAAAGAGUGCUUUACUUGGUCCGUAUAGGAAUUUAGAUAGACAAGUUAUAUCAACUGACAGUUAUAAAUCAACCCAUUUGAAGACUGAAGUCAUCCCUGAGAGUAAGAAAUGGACUGUCACAAUGAGGAGUGCAGCCGGCCCCAGGAAGAAGAGGACAUCAUGGACAUCCCCCUGGAUGACCCUGAGGCUAACAGGGCUGCUGCCAAGAUCCAGGCUGGCUUUCGUGGCCACAUGACUCGUAAGAAGAUGAAGCCGGAGGACAAAUCGGAAGGGGAGGAGGUGAGCAGCACUGGGGAUGUGCUCAACGGCAGCCAGGGGGUCUCAGAGACAGGAAGAUCGGGGGCAAUAGAGAGAGACGACACAUCUGUGCCGGAACAGUGACGCCCCUGUCCUGACCUGGUUGAAGAGAAGGAGGAGAAGCAAGGUAGUGAGAGAUGGCUGGCAUAAGCUGGCUAGGCUGGCUUUCAGGCACGCCUUUUUAAAUCCCAGGAGUCAUUUUCUUUUUGAACACAAAAUUAGCAGUAGAAAAUGAACAGUUUUGAGGGUGUGUUAUGUGAUUUUUGUGAACUUUAACACUCCUUCUCUGCUUCUUCAGCAGCCUCAUCAGUGCGGAUGUCUUUGACCCAGAAUUUGCAACUCACUGCAUGUACUUGUGAAACUUCUGGUAGUGUGCUAGUUUUUAGAUGAUGAUCUGUGAAUGUGAAAAUGAAUGUCUUCUAAAUGCUAAACAGGGCUUAUUUUGGAUGGAUCCGCGCAUAUUGUCUAUGUAAACACCUUGUAUGCAUCACUUUGGUUAUUGGUGGCUUUAGCUAUUUAUUUUGCAUUGUUUCCUGAUGUGCUUGUAUCUUGACAAAAUUAUUAAAACUUCAAACUCACCAGAAGAAAAGUAGCUAUGUAUGUUGUAUCUGUUUAUUUUUAUUUCUCUGAUCAUAUAUGUUUCCUUUUCACAGUUCCAAGCAUUUUCUAUGAAUCUGAUCUUCCAGAGCAAUGCGCAUGCAGUUGUUACACUUUUUCCAGAUGCAUUUGGUUCAGCUUUACCUUAUAAGAUCAUGAUAUAAUAUGCUCUUUUGUUGUGUUGGUGGGUUUUACUUGUUUGACUUGUGUAAAAUCAGGUGUGUAGACUUGCAUUGUAAAAGCUUGUAGAGCCACUGUGCUUUAAAAGUAAGUCAAUAGUUCUUUGCUAAACUUUGGUGUAGAAUGCUGGCAUUACACUAAUAAAUCCACCUUAAAUAUGAA